AAAAAAAAUAAAGUAUAUAAUCAUUCAAUCUCUGAAAAAAGUGCCAAUAAAAUAUAAAUAAAUAAAAAAAUAAUCGCAGUUAAAAAAAAAGCAGCAAUUCUUGAGACCAUGCCUUAUUGUUCAACUAUUUUUGGCUUAUCGGGAAAAAUUUAAAUAGGAGCAUAUGCUCCUAAUAUCAAAACUAAAUUUCCAAAUUAAUUAAAUAUAUUUAAAUUAUGCAAUAACUUAAAAUCGUGAAAAAAGCAAAAAGUAUACAAAUUGAAAUCAAGACAUAUACUAUAAGAAAUUUACUUAUGUAUUGUAGUAACCAAGAUGUAAUAACGGGUCCGGUGUAUGUUUUAUUGUCUCGGAACAGGCAUAGUGGUCCAGGCCCACCAGAAACUGUCAAUGAUAAAUUAAUCGAUAUCGAUGAAGUCGAUUCAGCGGGCCACGUUACAAAAACAUUGUUAAAAACAAUUCCUACAAUACAAUCGAAUGGUUACGGUGCUGGAAAGACAAUAAAUACGCCUAAUAAAUGUGCUUAUACAUGUGCAAAUAUAACGACCACUACAUUUUCUGGUGCUGUUAAUGGUGGUACAAUAAAUAAAAUGGCUAAUAUAGCGCAAUUACCGCCUCCGUCGGUAACGUGUACCAUAUCGUCAGAUCGUUUAGUGACGGGUCCAUCGUGUCGUGCGUUAAGAACAGCUGUUUCAGCAUUAUAUUCGGUCGACGAUUUUGUUAAGGAGAAAAUCGGUUCGGGAUUCUUUUCCGAAGUUUAUAAGGUCACACAUCGAACAACUGGUGAGGUGAUGGUACUAAAAAUGAAUCAAUUGCGUGCAAAUCGACCAAAUAUGUUAAGAGAAGUCCAACUACUUAACAAAUUGUCACAUCCAAAUAUAUUAAGAUGUACGAGCUUACGAAACACGCGAGGUUUCCAUGGAACUGUUAAAGUUUCAAUAGAAAUAUCAGAGGAUACUAGCUGCAUAAAAGGUCAUUUAUCCACAAGAUUUAAUGCGCUUUUAUAA